AUGUCUGAAGAAUUGUCAUUGCCACCUCCUUCGUUGGAAGAGGAGAAUGUUUCCACUACCUCAUCUUCUUCUUCGUUUGUGCCCAUUGAGUUCACAACUCAAGAUGCCAUUCAAGUUAUCAACGAACAUAAAGAAUUCAAUGAUGGUAUCCUUGAGUAUAUAAAAACUACGGCCCCUGUGAAUAGUGAAACCACCGGUGGGAUUGGUAACAACUACCAUAUCAUUUCGGUAUUUGGGUCUCAAUCUACCGGAAAAUCUACGUUGUUAAACAAGUUAUUCAAUACGAAUUUUGAUGUAAUGGAUGAAACAAACCGUCAGCAGACCACCAAGGGGAUUUGGAUGGCCUAUUCUCCUCACAUCUCUACUACUAAGAGUGCACUGAAGCAAACCAGCAACCAGUUGAGAGAGAAUGUCUUCGUUAUGGAUGUUGAAGGCACUGAUGGUAGAGAAAGAGGUGAAGAUCAGGACUUCGAGAGGAAGGCAGCAUUAUUUGCCCUCUCUACCAGUGAGAUCUUGAUCAUUAACACGUGGGAACAACAGAUUGGCUUGUACCAAGGUGCUAACAUGGGAUUAUUAAAGACAGUGUUUGAAGUUAACUUGUCCUUAUUCGGAAAAUCCAAGUUAGAUAGUUCAAACGACCAUAAAGUGCUCUUGUUAUUUGUCAUUAGAGAUCACAUUGGAACCACUUCUAAAGAAUCGCUUUCAAAUACUAUCAAGGCUUCACUCUCGACUAUCUGGGAAUCAUUAAACAAGCCAUCAGAAUUACAAAAGUUUCAAUUUGAGGAUUUUUUUGACUUGGCAUUUCAUACAUUGAGUCAUAAGGUUUUACAAGCAGAUUUGUUUACCACUGAUGUUGAACACUUGGGAGAUAAGUUAAUUGACGUAAACGAUAGUGAAUACCUUUUCAAACCAGAAUAUCACCAUAGCAUCCCUAUUGAUGGCUGGACUAUGUAUGCUCAACAAUGUUGGCAACAAAUUGACUCUAACAAGGACUUGGAUUUACCUACUCAGCAAAUAUUGGUGGCCAAAUUCAAAUGUGACGAAAUUUUAAACACUGUUUAUGAAGAAUUCUUAGUUAAGUACAAAGCAAAUAUUCAGGCUCCAACAAAGGAUUUAAAAUCGAACGAUAUCGAUUACGAAGAAGUUGGUUUGUACAUGAAUGACUUAUUCAAUGAUACAUUGGAAGAUUAUGAUAUCAGUGCUUCGAGAUACAAUAACUCUGUGUAUGAACAGAAAAAAUUAACAUUAAUUUCCAAAUUAAAUGAUUCAUUUAAGGAAAGUUUUGAGUUGUACAUUCAACAUUUAAUCGAUGCAUUGCUCAUCUCAUUUAAAGAGUCAUUAAAAAGUAAAUCGAGAAGCAAUUCUAACAUACGAUUUGUUGAACUAAUCAAGGUUUUGAAAUCCAAUUUUAUUAUGGAUUUCAAUACCAAAGCUUUGCUUAUUUCAUUGGAAGGAAAAUUACAAUUUACAAAUUAUGAAAGGACAUUAAGCACUAAAUUUGAUGAAAUUAUUGCACAACAGCAAGUUAAUGAGUUGAAUAAUAUUGUUAACAAAUCAACAAAGAAACUCGGCUCUGGUUUAAAUAAGUUUGUGAUUCAAGAAUUGAGCGAACCAGACGAAUCCAGUUGGGACAAGAUAUUGUCUAAGUUCAAAGAAACCUUAAAGGAAAUAUUAGUGAAGUAUGAAGUAGGUGAUGAUGAAGGAUAUGAUUUUGGUCUUGGUACAUCGCAAGAAUUGACUCAAUUCACUAUUGAUUCAAUUAAGUUCAAAUCGUGGACCAAAUUUCAUGAAAUCGUCAAGAAAUACAUUUCGAGAGAAAAUUUCCUUAACAUAUUAAAGGAGAGAUUUGAAGAUAAAUUCAGAUACGAUGAAAAUGGGUUACCAAGAUUAUAUCAAAAUGUCCAUGAGUUAGAAAUCAAUUUUAAAAAGUCAAAGGAUUUUGCAUUAAGAAUAGUUCCAUUCGUUACAAUUGCCAAAUUGAGUGAUGAUUCAGAGAUUUUGCCAGAUUUUAAUGUUUUCGAUAAACAGCUUCAAAAGAAGUUCCAAUCUGUAACUAUUAACUCAUUGGAAAUCGAAGAAAACCCUCUUGAAUUGGACUCUGAUUCAGAUGAAGAUGAUGAAGAAAAUGAAUUAAACUUUGCCAUUCUUAUUAGCGAAACUGAUAAGGCACUCGUUUUGUCUAAAUUUAAAAGAGAAACCGAUGCCGUCUUCGUCGAGACCAAUAGAUCUAUUGUUCAGCACGUCACACAAAUUCCGUACUAUAUAUAUUUAGUGAUUCUUGUAUUGGGAUGGAACGAGUUUUUGGCCGUUAUUCGUAACCCAUUAUUGUUCCUGUUGAUUCUUAUAUCAAGUGCAGGGAUUUACCUUUUAUAUACAUUGAACUUGUUGAGACCAGCAACAAUCGUGGUUCAGAAAUUUGUCGACGAAUGUGCUGCACAAGGUAAGGCCCAACUUAAGCAAUGGUUGGUUGAUGACCAUGGAAUGCAUGCUAACAAUUUAGGGAAGAUAUCAGGCGGUAGAGGUGGAAAGGAAACCGUGGAAGAGAUAGAGCUUGACGACCUUAGUCCAGUCGACAGUGAGUGA